AGUGCAAGUAUAAACAGAACCUGUAUAAACAGUAGUGCAAAUAUGUUUUUAAUAAAGUUAAAAUUAUUUAUCUGCUAUCUGAGGACAACUGAUUUUGUAGGCAAUAGGCCAGCAUAUAGUAAUUAAAUAAAUACAAAUAAAAAAUGUAUCUAUAAAAGAACCUUGCAUGUUUUCAAAGGACCCCCUGAUUAUAACCUUGAUUCUUUCUAUUCAUGAUUUUUUUAAAUUAAUUUCCAACAGAAUAUUAUAACUGAUUUAAGGAGCAAGCAAAUGAAAGGAACAUUUGGUACUGGGUUGAUUAUUAAAUUGCUGGUAUAUAUUUUUUUAUUUAUAGGGGAGUCAUGCUGAGGUUUUGCGCUCUGCAAGACACCUAGUAUCUCUACUUUCAUCACAUGAGAGACCUGGGACUACAGUCAUGGCUGAACAAAGCUCCAGGCAGGAUAAUAGCAGGGGGAUGGGGAAGCAGGAAGCUAUUACUCGUGGUGCCAGAAGAUUGUGGCUAUACUGGCAAAAUUCUAAAAUCAGCUAGUAAAGGUCCACUUUAUGUAGCACCACUUCAAGAAGAGCUGGACACUACACCACUACCCCCUACAUCUGAAUCAUUCAGCAACAUGCCAAAAGCUUUAUGUCAGAAGUGCAAAACAAUGUACCCACUCCAAGUCCUGGCUAAACAUGUCCAAUUUUGUGAAGUCACAGUUGUGGAGGACUGUGUAGAAGAAUCAGGCUGUGAUAUUAAUGAGCAGAAAGGGAGCAAAUCACCUAUUAAUCACACCUGUCCAAUAUGCUUGCAACAUUUCCCUUCCGAGGCCAUUGAACUUCAUGCAAGUUCAUGUGGUGAAAGUGCUCCUGACAGAAGUUUGGAAGUUACAGACAUAACUUUGCCCAGCUGUAGUUUUAAACCUCUGGAGGAUUGGCAGUCAGUCCCAGACCCCACCAAGGCUAUGUCUCAGUUUCGAGAGGGACAACUUCAUAAUCAUGCAACAGAGACACCUUUGAAUAUGCACAUGGACAUGAGAAGCACUCCAGCAGAGCGAGAUAGGUCUCUUCUCUCUUUCUACAAGAAGCCUCAUGUGGAAUGGGCUCGGCCUUUGCACUGCAUAUUGGAAGGUGAUUGUGCAGUUGGUGAAGGUAUUACACGAUUCUUUUUCUCAAACUCUAUUGAAAAACUGAAGUCUGGAUUUUCUGUAAACCUCGCAAACGCUGGAGUCACCAAACUCUUUGAGGGAGAAACGGACCACUUGGUGCCAUCAUCUUCCCCCUUUCUUGUCGACAGUGAUCUCUUUGUUGUUGCUGGGAGAAUUCUGGGACACUCUUUCAUACACGGAGGACCAUGCUUAUCUGGUUUAAGUCCAGCUUUCGUGCAUGUACUACUGGGAGGAAAUCCUGACACUGCAACUGUACAACUAAACGACUGUCCAGACUUGGAUAUCCGUGAUACAGUCAAGCUUCUUGAGAAGUCUGAACUUUCGGAGCAAGAAAUAAAUCAAGUGCAAGUCUUGGCAUAUGCCUGGGAUCUACCCGGUGUUACUAAUACCAACAGGAGAUGGCUUUUUGAAAAGAUGCUCAUCCAUGCUGUAAUUGGACGACUAUCAAGGCAAAUCAAACAAUUAAGACGUGGCCUGAAGGAAACCCCGAUUUGGGCAUUUUUGCUUCAACGCCCAGAUGCAGUGUCUUUCCUUUUCCCAAGAGAAACAAUGGAGUGUAACCCAGAGUUAAUUCUGCAGGCAAUUUGCUGGCCUGGACAAGAGGAAGAGGAUUCGGACUCUGAAUAUUCCCUAGCAACCAAAUGCUGCAUCUCUGGAUUCCUCCGUCAGUUCAUUGAAACUGCAUCACCUGCUGAGGUCAAGAACCUGCUAAAAUUCUGGACAGGUUGGGAGGUUUUACCCCGAGAGCUCACCUUUAAAAUUGUUAAAGGAAACCUUCCAACAGCUUCUACCUGCUUUGAGGUGCUCAAGAUCCCUGGACAUUACAAGGACUUUGAAUCUUUUCGGAUUGAUUUGCUGGCAUGCAUUUGUACACAUCACACAGGGUUUGGGCUCAUUUAGGUUAGAUUAUACUUUUCCUUCUUUAAGGAAUGUGGCAGUUUGCCUUCUGUGAAUGUUAAAACUGCUGCUUUUUACAGCUAGAGCAUAAAGCACUGUUUUAAAAACAGCUGAAGAAGUGUUCGUUGUAGGUGCACUGUAUGUUCCCCAGUUAGCCUGUCCAAGUUCAAAGGGUCCAUUGUUAAAACUAAAAGAUAUAGAAUUUCUGAAAUGUAGAUUCAGUUUUAAAUGUUUUAUGUUCAGCUGGCUCAGUGUUUAAGCUCAGCAAAGGGACAAUUGUUGAAAGAAGCUGUUGGUGUAAGAUCUAUUUGCAAUCAGUUUUAAAUGUUUUACGUUAGCCCACUCUAUAGCUGGCAAAGUGUUUUAGCUCCUCAACGGGACAAGUGUUGAAAGUAGAUUGCUGUUAGUGUAAGAUGAAUUUGCAAGACUUCUGAAAUGUAAGUUCAGUUUUAAAUAUCUUGACAUUUUAGCACAGUUUUAAUAUUUUAUAAGCUGGUUCAUUUUUCAACGUACAUUGUUUUAUCUACUCUACAACUAGCAAUGGGCUUUGAAGUUUAUAUGUCCGAAGUUUGCUAAAAAGCCACUUAUGUUUAAUUACAUUUACAUGUAAUACUUUUCAAUAAACCUGAAUGAACAUUCA